GCAAACUUCUCCAGCAGCGCCUCGCUCAGUGCUCACGGCUGUUUGAAGGAAGAGAACGACAAAGAAAAAAGAAAAAAAACUAAAACCCUGCCGGUCGGACCGGUACAGAAAGGACUCGUUACUUUAACCGCGGGGUAUGAAGCGCUAAGAGGCGGGAUACAGAGCGACAGAGGACGGCUGCGGGCUGAGAAAACACCCGCCCUCCUUGGYUUUGUUUCUCCGGUCUGUGCCAUCCAUCUCAUCAUGGACAGCCUGCUGAGCGGGGCCAGUGAAGGGGCCGCUGCCCUACAGUCUUCAUCACGUCAWAGAUGCCGCUCGCUGCUGCCUUUAUCCCUGUAUGAAUGAGUGUUUUGGAAACAAUAAAGUCUAAAUUCCUCUAGGAUUGAACAAAGGAGCCAUGCAUCCACUUCUAUCCCUCGGUGUCUUUUGGCUGCUGCCCGUGGCUUUGAUGCUCAAGGAUAGCUCAGCGCCGAGCAGUGUCCCACGCAAAUCCGUGCCCUAUCAUAGCAACARUGCCGUUCAGUUCCGAGAGGACGGCGUUUUCAACUACACCACCAUGCUGCUGAGAGAAGACCUGGGACUGCUGGUGCUGGGUGCCAGGGAGGUUGUGUUCGCCCUCAACCUCAGCGACAUCUCCAAUAAACACGACUCAGUGGAUUGGAAAGUUACUCCAACCCAAGUAAAAGAUUGUGAAAACAAAGGAAAGGAUCGAGAGACAGAGUGCAAGAACUAUAUCAGAGUCCUGCACGAGAUGAAGAACGGACAAAUGUACGUGUGUGGAACUAACGCUUUUGAUCCAGAAUGUCAAAACAUGCAAUAUGCAAAUGGAAAGCUGAGUUUUGAAGGGACGUUAGAGGAUGGCAAAGGAAAGUGCCCGUUUGAUCCUUUCCAGAAAUAUGCCUCCAUCAUGGUUGAUGAUAGCCUCUACUCAGCAACUUCCAUGAACUUCCUCGGCUCUGAGCCCGUCCUGAUGCACAGCACUCGUCCUGACCCCAUACGCACCGAGUUCAAAACCUCCUGGCUUCACGAGCCCAACUUUGUUUCUAUGGCCUGGGUCCCUGAGAGUGAGCAGAGUGAGGAGGGAGAUGAUGACAAGGUGUACCUCUUCUUCAGCGAGACAGCUGUGGAGUUUGACAGCUACAGUAAACUGGUGGUCCCUCGUGUGGCCCGUGUGUGCAAGGGGGAUGUUGGAGGUCAGAGGACUUUGCAAAAAAAGUGGACGUCCUUCCUUAAGACCAGAAUAGAUUGUCCAGUUCUGAACUCCCAGCUGCCUUUCGUUAUCCAGGACUCAUACCUGUGGUGUGGCUUCAAGCAGAACUGGAAAAACUGUGUUUUCUACGCCGUCUUCACGUCACAACCGGAGCUCUCAGAUCUGUCUGCAGUUUGUGCGUACAGCAUGUCUGCCAUCAGCCAAGUGUUUUCAGAGGGGAAGUACAAGACCCCAGUUCCUGUAGAAACUUCUUUCGUUAAGUGGGUGAUGUACAGUGGAGAGGUGCCCGUCCCCCGGCCCGGAGCUUGUAUAAACAAAAAGGCUCGCAGUCUAGGCAUAAAUCGGAGCCUGGACCUCCCGGACCGGACCCUACAGUUUGUCAAAGAUAAGCCCCUCAUGGACCAGGCCAUCGAGCCAAUAGACGGGAGACCUCUGCUGAUACGAAGAGGGGUUAAAUUCACACGAAUCAUUGUCGACCAAGUUCAAGCUGCAGACGGACAAAACUACAACGUCAUGUUUAUAGCCACAGAGAAGGGUACGAUGCUGAAAGCUGUGAACUACGAUGGAGAGAUGUUCACCAUAGAAGAAGUCCAACUCUUCCAGCCUCCUCAGCCGAUCAAGAUCAUCAAAUUUUCUAACCUCACGGGUCAGAUUUACGUCGGCUCAGACUCUGGAGCGGCUCAGAUUCCACGCGCUAAUUGUGAGCGGUCCUCAUCCUGUGUGGACUGUGUUUUAGCCAGAGACCCGUACUGUGGCUGGGACACUACUGAGAAGAAAUGCGUUUUCCUUUCCAGCUCACAAAGAGAGGUAAUCCAAAGUGUGACAGAAGGAGAUGCCUCUCCUUGUCCUGAUCCUGACCCUGCUGAUCCGGUGAGUCGGUCCGUCUCACCAGGUGAUCAACUUAGACUCAGCUGUCCUUCGCCUUUGAAGCUGACAAAAGUCAGAUGGGAGCAUAAURAAAGCGUCCUCACGUUCUCGCCUCAUCAUCAGAUUUUGCCAGAUGAGCUGGUUAUUCUGAACACCACAGUUAGCCACUCCGGUCACUACCGUUGUUUGUUUGUGGAGCRCUCCAAAGCUGGUGAAUUUAUGACCUUCGUAGCUGAUUACCAGGUCAGCGUCAACUCAACGGACACGGGCAAGGACCGCCUGAUUUCUAUUGCUGAGCCAGUGACCGACGGCCCGCCUGUUGCUGGACUGCAGGCUGCAGUUGCUCUUCUUGUUAUUUGUCUCGUUGCUCUUUUAGCCUGGAAUGUUUACAAAGAACACAUACCUCUGCCCUGGAACUGUUUAAAGGAGAAAAGGGAUGWAGCUCAGCGUACCGAUGAGGAGGUGGCUGUAAACUCUACGGCGAGGCCUGAACCCCAUGAGGACAAGCCCCUGAUGUCCGAGGCAUCGAGCAGCAGCAACAACAACCACACUGGUGGAGGUGGGGACCCUCAGUGAUCCAGAGUAACAGUAAUUAAUGUAAUGAUGAGUCAGGAAGUUGAUGCAGAGAAUACGUGGGUUAAAGAUGACUCGAUUUUCAAAAGGCAUGAAGAUUUUACAUUUAGCCAAUAUUUUCAAGAUUUACAGUUAAUAACAUCUUCAUCUGUAAGUAUCCCAGCUUUUAAACUCUUCAAGUUAUGAGCAGAUUGUGAGGAGGACAGCUUUUCUUCAUGCUGUAACAAGCUUUGACUUCUGGGACAUUCUCAGGCUGUUGUGCAARCUCUCCUCUGAAACAUUUCCACAUAUUCUGAAUCACUUUUUUUGUUUGUUUUGGUAAGAGGCAAAUGUCCCAGCCUGCAGAUUUUUAGCUAUCUGUUCUGUCAAAAUGCUGUCGGUAACCUUUGUAUUUCCUAAAAAUGAUUGCAAACAUCUGAGUAGACUUGAGUUUGGGUCCUUUUAUUCUUUGCUAAAUGCCUUUUGAAAAUCUCAUCUUCUCAUGAAACGACUCACAACACGCCAAGGUUUUUUCCCACUGCAGGAUCGGUUUUACUGAGUUCCACAUGAACAGGAAACUUAAAGUGAAUUUACAUUUUCUAAGCAGUACUACUGAAUAUCUGGUUCAACUGGGCUGCUUGAGUUCAAACCUACAAGAUCCAAGUUUAAUGUUGUUUGUUUAUUAAGACUGUUAACAUUUGAAAUUGAGCACAUUUUUUUAUCUUCGUUGUAAAUGAGCAUCAUUUUGAUUUGUUUCAUAGGUUUUAAAAUGUGUUAAGUUGUUCAGUUUUCAGUUCCUUAAAGAUCACAGGGAUUUUGUUGUACUCCCAUUGAGCCGCUUCUAACSCUAGCUGGAAAGAUUUUUAUUUCAUUUUUUUUAUGUUGUCCUUGCUUGAUAUCAUUUUUUUUGUGUGUCUUCAGCAAAAAUGUGAAAUGCAGAUGUCACCAGAGGUGUAUAAAGUAGGCUACUUGAAAAAAUUACUAAGUAAUAAAUAUCUGAACAAAAAUGACAGAUAAAAAUGAAUUUCAUGAAUAAGGACAAGUACUAAAUAAUAAAACUAUUCACAAUAAUCGUGAAAGUAAAAGUA